GUAUCAGCCCAGCGGCGGACCGGUGAGUGGACCCGAUUUGCCGGCAGAACUAACGCCGCGGGACCCCGGGCACUGUUGCUGCUGCGGGAGGCAGAUGUGAUUCUCCUUGUCACGUGCUCUAUCAGGGAGAAGGCUGAGCAGACCAUCUGGAACCGUUUACAUCAGCUUAAAGCCUUGAAGACAAGGCGGCCCCGCUCCCGGGUUCCUCUGAGGAUUGGGAUUCUAGGUUGCAUGGCUGAGAGGUUGAAGGAGGAGAUCCUCAACAGGGAGAAAAUGGUGGAUGUUUUGGCUGGUCCUGAUGCCUACCGGGACCUUCCCCGGCUGCUGGCUAUUGCUGAGUCAGGCCAGCAAGCUGCCAACGUGCUGCUCUCUCUGGACGAGACCUAUGCUGAUGUCAUGCCAGUCCAGACAAGCCCCAGUGCCACGUCUGCCUUUGUGUCGAUCAUGCGAGGCUGUGACAACAUGUGUAGCUACUGCAUUGUUCCUUUCACCCGGGGAAGGGAGAGGAGUCGGCCUGUUGCCUCUAUUCUAGAGGAAGUGAAGAAGCUUUCUGAGCAGGGGCUGAAAGAAGUGACACUUCUUGGUCAGAAUGUUAAUAGUUUUCGGGACAAUUCAGAGGUCCAGUUCAACAAUGCAGUGUCUACCAAUCUCAGCCGUGGCUUUACCACCAACUAUAAAGCCAAGCAAGGAGGACUUCGUUUUGCUCAUCUUCUGGAUCAGGUCUCCAGAGUAGAUCCUGAAAUGAGGAUUCGUUUUACCUCUCCCCACCCCAAGGAUUUUCCUGAUGAGGUGAGCAUCAG